AUCGCCUCUCAUCUCUCUGGGAAGAAACCCAGUCAUCGCCGACGCCACGCCCAGUCGAUCGAUCGCCUCUCAUCGCGGACGCUAGUCAACGCCGCCGCCUCUCAUCGCCGAUCGCCUCACUGCUUUCUGGUAACAGAAAGUCGCUUAGGCCAACCUCCAAUUAUGUAUAAAAAAAUUAUUCCCACCGGAAGCUUCCACUUCAAUUAGGGUGUGAGAGAGAGCUUAGUACUCUUUUUUGGAAGGGAUGGAUGCUGCUAAUCAAGUGGACAACAUACCUCCACCAGAAUUCCAUGAGUAUGUCAAGGAUCCACUCAUCGAACUUAGUUCAACAGACUCGAAAGAGCUUUGGCUCAUUCAAUGGCCGAUGAACCAAGCUCCUGAUUUUGAUGGGCAAGAACUGACAUUGAAGCUUCAUCACGAUGGAUUGUUGGGCAGUUUUGAGGGCUCCUCUGGAAAAUCAUAUGAUGUGGUCAAUUUCAAUGCGCAAGAUCCAGAUGCGACAGUUUUCCUAUCAUCUGCACUCGAAUCACAAAUUGUUGGGAAGAUUUCACGCCGUGUGCAACUUAUCCAUUACCCAGACCCUAGUGAACUGGAGAAACAGAAUACCAAUAAGCACAAGCAGAUGUCUCAGAGAUCUUCUGCCACUUCCUUGACCAAUUCAUCUCAUCAUCGUGCAACUCCUAGUAAGAGUGUUGGGGCAAAGAGCUCACAUUCAGCUGGCACCUCAAUGCGUAGUAGCAAAUCUAAAAGUAGUAGCAAAUCUAAAAGUUCUAUGUCGGAGGUGGGGGAGCCAUCAGGGCCUCCAAAGAAAAGGCAUAUUAAAGAGCCAACUGUGUCCAGGGAACAAUCCACUCAAGACUCAGGGCGAGGUCAUAGUGCAGUCACUUCUUCUGGGUCCGUAGAGCAUUCUAAUGAAAACAUAUCAAGGAAGAAAAAGAAACAUGAGUAAGGUAUAGUCUAUGCAAAUGUUCUUUACGCCCUCCUUAAACUUGCCAAGCAUUUCGAACGAUAAAAACAAUUGAAAGAUUAGGUGUUCUGGGUUCAGGUUCCCGAAAUUUUGCAUUCUGUUGGCUUUUUAUAUAAGUUGAGUGGUUGUCUGUAAAACAAUUAGAAAACCGAAAUCAUCAAACAUUUUUGUUGAGUUGUGAA